UUUUUUUUUUUUGUUUCUCUUGUUAUGUGUGUGCAUGUAUGUGUCUUGUAUAGCUAGUGUGUGUGUGUGUCGAGGAAUAUUGCCUGGAUACCGCCUGGUCGGCGCCACAUAGUAUAUAGUACUACCUUAGAUUCCCCCCCCCCUUUCUCCUGGAUAUUGUUCAUUUUCUCCUCUUGUCUUGUGUACGUACAUGUAUAGUAUGGCUGUAAUCCAGCAGAGUGCUCGACGUAUUUUUUGUUUGUUUUAAAAUUAAUUCUACUCUUCAUUCCAUCAUUAUCUGCCGGCCGCGCAAUGAUUGAAAUCAACUCGCUGUUAAUAAAAACCCGCGUGUGCGGAGACUUUCAUGUAAUAAUUGGGUCCCGUCUAAUAUAAGCUAUAUAUUGUCGUGACCGGAUGGUGAAAAAAAAAAAAUCAGAGCGCUAGCGGGCGAAAUAACAUCCUACAUCACUACCACUCUCUCUCUAUCUAAUGCAUAAUACACGUCGGCAAUAAUCAGAUUAUCUCGAUUUUUCCCAGCGAAUAAAACACAGUGCAGUAUAUAUACUUAUAUACCGGACUACUUUUUGAUCGGAUAGACUUGGUCGACGGUGCUGAUGAUGGCCACCAUCAGUCGUUUGCAGGGUUAUUGCUAUGGCUUUUUUACACCCCGAAAAAGUCUGCCAAUUCAUCCUUGCAGAAAAAAGAGUCGGACAUUUUUUAUUUUAUUUUCGCCCGGCUGGAAUCCGGUUUGGUUGGCGUCCCGUUUCGCACUUUUGCCGGCCAUUAUUUUUGCCGAUGCUUUUUUUGAUUGUUGCGUGUGAUGGCCCAACCUGAUGAGAGCGAGUGGGUCCCGCUGCCGGUUUGGGGUUGGCGGAGAAAACUGUCUCACGACUUGAUCGUCACAAAUAUUUCAUCGAGCGGCUGCUGAGGUCAGCUGACGUCACGUCAGCACAUCAGACAGGUCCACGAUGCCAUCCGUAUUUUGAUUUCUAACCAGACCAAACAUUCCGGCAGGGCGAACGUGACUGAGCACAGUAGCAAUUCAAAGAGUCGUGGCCGUGGGUAUCGAAGAAAAGCCGAACCAUUUCCUUGAACCUCUUGUUAUAUCGCAUUACGGAUAAGUCGUGCAGAGUAGAAAGGAGGAGGAAAUGAAAGAAACGACUGUACACUAGAAGUAAUAGUAUGCAUGUUAUAUAGGGAAAACAGCAGCAGCACUCUACGUAAUAAGGACAGCUCUCUAGCGCAGCACUGGAUCUAUCCAUCCUUCUUCCCCCCUCCGAAUAUUAUGAUAUGAUGCAGCCGUAGUAGAAUCUAACGCUUGAUCUCCAAAUGAGAUGCACACUUCCGUCUCUGUACCGUACACAUACACACAUCACCCUAAGUCGCCCUAACCACGUAUAGACGCCUGCAUCUCUACAUACCGCAGCAGCCGCCGCCGCAUCGACGGCGACGACAACCGCGUGAAAUCCUUGCGGACGAAAAAAAAAGGUUUUUCUUUUCUUUUUGACAUGCAAUGUUAUCGAUUCAGGUUAGAUAAGAUGCCGUUGGAAAGAAAGAAAAAAAAAAGAAAAAAAAAAUGAAUAAAACGUAGGUGGAGGCGCUCUACUGCAUACAUUGUUGAGGGGGGUACCAAAAGUAUAUGUACAUGUACGCGAUAUUUCCGUAGACUAUACGUACUGAAAAAUUACCAUUUGGAAAUGGUUUGACGUUUUGUUUCUUUAUACCACCCAGCACUUUAGAUGAGAGAAUAUACAAGGAAAAGAAGAGCUAAAGGGAAAAUAAUAAUCAAAAUAAAAGAAGAUGCGACUUUUUGUGGGGAAAAGAAAAAGAGACGCGUUAGCUUUUAGCUCGGCGAAAGUUGAUUUGACCUCAUAUGGCAUGGGCGGACUGACUGGUGGCGGUGGUGCCUGCUACUACCUACUUGACAGUGCGCGCAUCCUGCAGCAAAUGUGUCAUCCGAGAAUCUCUUGUGUCUCCAUUCGAUCGGUUAUAUACGACUAUCGUCUAAACAUAGCUACCGGCCAGGCCAACUGCGGAUGGCUACUACUUAUACUACCCCAGAUUAGCUGAUAAUACCCCACCCGCAAAAGAAACCAAACCCCAAAAAAGCAGGUGGCGAAAAAUAACUCAAAUAGAAAGGAACAACAAUAACAAAACAAAGCUCGGCCAAUAAUCAAGGACGUCUAUCUAAGUGGUUUGAAUCCAUCGGAACAUAUAAAAAAAAAAAAAAAACAAAAAUGGGUCGGUGGGCAACCCAAACAAGAAGAUCGCGGCCCGGCGCGCACACAAACGUUUAGUUCUGCUACAACAAAUUAUCUCGAGCGAAGAGAAAAUAUAAGAAAAGGAGAUUUUGAUUUUAUUUGCCCCCCACCCACCCCGAUUGCAGCGGUUGUAUUCAUGUCCUGUUUUGCCAGUCCCAAAUCUUGCAACCCCGCCUCUGCUUUUGAAGCUCUCCCCUUCCAUCGGGUCGGGUCCCCAGUCCCUCCAGUCCUCGUUAUCAACGUACACAAGAGACCCUCCUCCCUUCACCUUCACUUGGACUGCGGCAGUCCUCCUCCUCCUCCUAGCCGUUGAAUGCGCACACAGAGAGAGAGAGACACACGGAGAAGAGACCGCAGCAGCUUAGAGCGCAAGGUGGGUAAGAGAAAGAGAAUGUGGGUCAGGAGGCCGCCUUAUCAUAUGAAAAGGUGAAAACACUUUUACAUCGCCGGGCGUCUCUCCACCCCCUUUUUCUUUCUAUAAGCAACAGUCGGCCCAGUCAGCCAACCACCAGCCCCAGAGUCCAGCCAACACACACACACACACACUACUAGGUGUAACAUAGCCAAAAGCCCAGAAACCUACUGCUGUAUACGCACACACACACAUCCUUCUCUCUUUCUCUAUCCAGUUUGGAAGAGAACACGGACUGGAAAAAAAGAACUCGGAGUGAAGGUAGUUCAGGUGUGUGGGUCUCUGCCGUGUGUGUGUGAGUGUGUUGGCUGGUGUAUAGAGGAGAAGUAGGAGUAUAGUAUAUAUCGGGCAGCGUUCCACAGAGAGAGAGAGAGAGAGAAAGAGAGAGAACCCAGUCCAGCAGCCAAUGCUUCAUUAGUCGCAAUCCGCUCUGGAACACCACUCUGGCGGGUUGGUUCUUGACGUUCCUCUCGUUUGCCCACUCGCAAGUCUCUCUCUCUUUCUGCACGCCCGUCUCUAUAGAAGAGCUCAGCUACACUCAGACAUUGCCGCACCAUUCCUACAUUUGAUCCGGAAGUUAUACACCUCUCUCGACAGUGCUAUUUCUAUCGCUACCCCCUUUUUUCAAAGGCCCAGAAAUGGCGACCAUUUUCCAGUCGGGCUCCCGGAGUUGGUGGAUGGCCGCGUUAGUGGUGGCCAUCGUUUGCGGAACGAUGGCUGCACCGCAACAACAACAGCAGCAGGAAAGGCGCAAGAUCAAAGUUGGCGCCAGUUUCGGCGGACGUCUAGACUCCGCCGGAAGCAGCAGAGCUCUUUCUCAGUUCGAAGAGCCUCUCAUCAUCACCGAACCUCUUCCGGGACAAGAAUUCGUCUUCAUUUCUGCCAACCCGCGUCAGUCACAGGCCGCUGGCGGCCGGUCGGCCAGGGUUAACCCAGUAGCUGUUGCCCAACUGCCUUCCGUCCGGAUCGAAAAUCCUGGAUCUGGAACGAUUCUCGAGGACGGAAUUCUCAUCGCCGAGCAUCUAGGAGAAUCUAACCGGGCCGCUCGUCUGUUAGACGAGCCUUCUGACCAGUCGCAACCCAUUUUCCCAGUCGCAAAUGCCGACGUCCAGAGCUGGACUCCCCUUUCUCUUCCGGAACUGCUGACCGGUCCGGCCGUCGUGCGAGAAUUGGAGCCUGUUUCCGAUGAGAGAAAAUCGAGCACCCAAAACGAGAAAGAAUUUCGUUCACUGGAAAUUGCUCCGGCUCCAGUCGCCGAAACAUUUUCACUGGAAGAUGCCGUCACAGGUGUAGUAGCCCAGUCUGUUAAAGCCAGCGAUUCAGUUGCCACGGUUGUUGAUGACGACACUGAUCGUCUGGGUAAAGCCAUCGAUGCCCAAGAUGACGAUAACAUUAUUGCGGCCGAGUCUGUGUCCAGGCGGACAGUCAUCAAAACGGCUCCCAACGGCCAGGAUUACGAGUACGAGUACCUUUAUUACGACGGCACUGACGUCGAUGAGUCAACCAACGGCACGCUUAGCGCACCUGUCGAGCCGAAUUUGUUCUCCAACGACCAGGAAAUCGUCAACGUUCUGCCGGCCUCAUCGGUGGCCGCCAGCGAUGAAGCCGAGAAGAAGAAAGUUGCGCCGGCCGUCGAGCUGAUUCCGAUGAUUGAAGACGAACAAGUGGGCGUGACGACCGAAUCAGACCUUAUCGAAGUGCAGGAAAUUCCACACGUUGCUCACGUGGCCUUCCAAGUCGGUGCUGAUGAGCAGGUCGUCCCUAUUGAUUCCGCCGAUGACGAGUUCGUGACGGAAGACUUUGAAACCACCACGGCCACUGAGGCAACAACAACAACCACAACUACCACGCCGAUGCCAACUACGACGACUGUUGCUUCUAAACGGCGUCGACCCACUGCACAGUCGACUGAGACGCCGUCGAUUCGCCCGUCGCUCAGCCGACUGACACCCCUGCGAAGAGGCAACACUCCGGCCGUCACCGAAGAGUCGCCCGUCACUCCGUCGGAGCCGAAAAGAAUGCGCGGAAAGAAUCGCUUCUCGCCCGAAUCCGUCCCGUCCAGCAACGCCGUGCCCACCGAGAGCAAAGCCGACGGAGCCGGAAGCCGGAGGAUUAGCCGCCCGAGAGUUCGCCCGUCGACAUCCAGCAGCACCCUGGAGAAUCGGGCCGGCCUGGCCGAAAUCCGCUUCGCCGAAUUGGAAGGUGAAAUCGGAGCUGCUGCCGAUUCGGCCGACGUCAACGAUCCAUCCUUGAGCCUGGCCGUCGACAUCCAAGACGACGGAUUCGAUUUCAAUCGCCAGAGUCAACCCAUCGAGCAUUUCCCAAUCAACGGCCGUCUGCCCUCGCAUUUCCAAGAGACGGACGAAUUCACCGAUGCCCAGGAACGCACACCUCUGCGCGUCGUCGAGAGCGACUCCUUCCGCAAUUCCGGCAACCAAGGAUCGGCUGCUGGAGAGCCACCGAUUUCAGUCGGAAGGCUGACUGUCAUUUCCGGGCCGGCCCGAUUGCCAACACCGAUCCUUCCUCAAUUCGAAGACAUCGCCGAGCAGGAGGAAAUCAUUUCGCCCAGCGUCGCCCCGGUCCAAGACGUCACCGAAAGUAUCCAACAAUUGGCGGAUGAAUUCGAAUCGGACAUCCCAGCCAAAGAGGACGUGGCUGCUGUCGAGCCGGAAAUCUUCGAGAUCCACCACCAAGAAGUCGGAAUAGAAACUCAUCACGACGACGCCAACAAACACAAGGAAUCGCCCAGCUUCUCGUUGACUCAUCCAUCGUUGACCGAUCUGUUGGCCUUCUCCAAAGCGGCCGAACAGCAACAACAAGACGACGAAUCCUUCCCAACUGUCGAGGAAGUGCUGAUUGAAGAAGUGGUUGUCGCAACAACCCCUGUCGCCCCAAGUAGCCCAACACCAUCGACUAUGACUGUUGGUAGUUCGCAGGUUCAAUCGCUCGACGAUGAAUUCAACACCCAACUCGCCGAAGAGGCCGAGAUCCCAGUGAUCCAGAAAGUCAACGAAGAGGUCGCCGAUUUCACGGACGAGAUAGUGACCACCCCGGAGCCGGCCGUGUUGUCCGUUGAACCCGUUCAAAUCAUCGCCAGUCCCGUUUUGGAAUUGAGCCUGGACAACGACGUGGAAAUGCCCAAAACAACCGACAGCACAAUCGAAGAUGUCGUUCAAGAAGAUAUCGUCACAGAAGACAUCACUUCCACCACCACAACCACAACAACAACAACAACUACUACUACGGCCGCACCGACAACAACAACUCCGGAACCCACCACAGCUGCCCCGACGUCGAGCGUCCGCACUCCGUCGCGAUUCGGCGGCAGCAACGCCAAUCGUUUCAACAACCGAAUCCGCAACCGCGUUCGCGGCGACGCCGAUUCAUCCAGCGGCGCUGGCAGCACGACGACCACGACGACAACCACAGCGGCUCCGGUGAAAAAGAACACAUUCCGCCCAGCUGGCUCACCAUUCAACCGACUCCGACGACCAACUACCCCGGCCGUUGAUAGCGCCAAAACGGCGUCGACAUCCGACGCCGUCGACGCUGGAAGUAGCGCGGCGGAAGCCAACGAGAGCAGCUCUCCGGCGUCGGCCGUCGCGUCCACCACCCGUAAACCCUUGCCCAACAAUUUCCGCAACCGAUUCCAGUUCCGUCGCAAUCAAACUGAAGUCAGCAAACCGGCCGAAUCUUCCGUGUCCGGAUCGACAGAACCCAAAGUUUCACUACCGGCAGUCAGCAGGCCGUCAAGACCAACCGGCCAGCCGAGUAACAGGAUCGUUUCCCCACGUCCCAUGUCGUCGGUGUUGAAGCGCGGCCGCUUUACCUCGACCACCACUACCGAAACGGCACCCGCGGUGGUGGCCCAGGUCGAAGAGUCCAGCACCAAUGAAACCGUGUCCGAAACGGAAGCCACCAACGAGGCACCCGAGAAGACGGAAGGUGAAGCCGUUGAGGUUGUCGAGCCGGUGGUUGUGGCUGAAAAGGUGGCGGUCGUGACGGAAGCGACGACUACGACGACGUCCAGAUCGGCCGGAUUGAACCGCUUGAGAAAUCGGGUCUCGCUGCCCGUUAGCGAGCGACCCAAAACGGUGCGGACGCAGGUCAGCCUGACUGAUCGACGCAAUCGAUUCUCGGGGUUGUCGGCCAAGAAAUCAGAGGCCGAUUCAUCGGCCACAGCCAUCGAGGAGAGCAAUAAGGAAGAGCCAGCCGAAAAAGCCGUCAGCAUCGCUAGCGACGUCCAGGAAGAACUGGAGCCAAUUGCUGCCAACAGCGCAAAGGCCAGCAGCAGCCCAACGGCAAUUGAUGGGUCGGUUGAUAGCCCGACCAGCGAUUUGGGUAAUGUUGAACCCGUUGUCACUGCGGCGCCGGCCGUUUCCUCGUUGCGAAAUCGCCGUCCCAAUCGCAUCCCGGGACAACUCGUCGCUCGCCGAACCUAAUCCAGUUAAGUCAGCCUUUUAUAUCCUCCACUCGUUCGUCGACCCAGGAUCCAAGUUGUCAGUGAUAUCUACCUGGAAACAAAACACACACGCACACACAACAACAAAAUAAUGACCGUCUUCUUUAAAAAAUAAAAACUCAAAUAAGAGCAACCAUGUAGUGAUGUAGAACAUGUUGUAUACACUUUUCCCUUUCUUUUAUUUCUUUGUUUUUUUCAUCCCCUCAAAUCUCGAUGCGGUUUCUAUACGUGCAGAAAGAAAUGCUAGCUACAGUAUAAACCGUCAUGAGAACCGUGUUAGGUCCAGGAGACUGGGCAUUUACCAAUUUUUCUAAAUUUCUUUUUGGCGUUUAAAUAUCAUUUUGUUUGACUUUUUUCUCUCUCUCUCUACUUUUCUUUCUAUAUUUGUUUCGUGUGUUUAUCGCGAACAUUCUCAUUUUUUACGCAGCCGGAUGGUAAGUAAGUAAAUAAUCCCUUUCCAUUAUUUUAGACGCCCAUAGCAUCUGCAAUCGGAAUUGAUUGGUGAUGAGCGGCGCCCAAUCGUAGUAAAUAUGUAUCGGCAACAGCUGCUGUCGCAAUGGAAAAAGAAAAGACGAUUGGCUAUACACGUCAUUCAUUUCGUUUUUUUGAUUGCCGAUCCUUAACACUAAAAGCUAUUGAUUUUUCAUAUUUAUACUAUCCUUUUUAUAUUUCCUUCGUCCUCAUAUAUCUGUUAGAAUUUUUGUUUUUUUUUCCAAGUUUUUUGGAAUGUGUAAACAGAUGGGUCUGAAUUUUUCUGAACGGGACACACAGCACACUCCCAACCAUAGUUUCCGUGGAACAAACGAUUCUCUCUCGGCUCAGCAGUCGGCUGGGGCGGAGGCAGGAUCGUCUAUAUUUGCAUUUGUCAUCCCCUUUUUUAUUUUUUGAAAAAAAGACAACGUGUGUGUAUACCGAUUGAAAGAAAGAAAGAGCACACAAUUGGAAACGCGGGUUGUAUCUUUCGCUCUGCGAUUCCACGGAAAUGUUAUAUCUCAUGAGAAUUUUUCGUUCGUGUUCUUCUUCAUCAUUUUUGUUAGAAAAACCUCCGGCUGCCGUUCUUAUAUUCCCCCCAACUCUAGUGUAAAUAACAUCUUAUUUUUUACUGUCAAUACAAUAUAUUCUACUCUA